UUUUGAAGGUUCAUCAGAGUUGAACCUCUGCCUGUAUUUAUUUCACCUACCCUAUGUCAGCUUUAAGUUAUCCGUUACCCUUACAGUUACUCCGUAUUCUUCACUGGGUUUACCCCUUUGGAAAUGGCGGCUGACGAUAAAGAGGCGGCACCUACCGUGCAAAAUGAAGGUCGUAAGAGGAAAUGUGAAUUAAAUAUUGUUUCCGCUGCUGUUCAGCACACUGCUGGCGGAGAAAAAAUGUUUGACUCUGUGAUGGAAGUUGUUGGGGAAUUCUUUGGUGCUGGUAGACGUCAAGAACCUAAUGUGUCUCCUGCUGCAGCUGGAGUGUCUAAUCGGCAUGCAACCCAUAACUGUUACCAUUCCCAAGAGCAUCAGCAGUUACCUGAGGUCAGCUAUGCAGCAAAUACUUGGGAUCAGUAUCCUAGUGUUCAGUACAACAGACAGCAGCAGUGGGAAGCUCAACCAGAGAAUUACCAGCAAAGUAUGUACCAACAGCAGCAGUGGCAGCAGCCUAGAAUUCAAAUGCAGGAGGACCCUGUUUGGAGCAAUCAGAAACAGCAAAUGUCACAAUGGUACAUGGACCCCAACUCUCCAGACUUCCCUUGGGGGAAGAACAACAGAGCUUUGGUCAACAUGGACAGGGAACCAUUCAAUCCUGGCAUGUUGGCUGUUGAGAGAAGAACUCUUGAGAGCAGCAGACCAGUUAUUGAGAGAAGAACUCUCGAGAACAGCAGACCAGUUAUUGAGAGAAGACCAGCAAUUGACCCCAUCAGGAGACCAUCAGUCUAUCAUCAGCCAGUCAUGAGAGGUCAAGUGGAGCAAAUGUACAAAGCACCCAUCACUAGGCAUCAGCAGCAGAUUCCAUCUGAUGCAGUCAUUCAGAAUGGUUUCAUGGAUGAAUAUGUUCUUGGUAGUCCAGUCAGGGAAUACAGGGUUCCUCAACCACCAGAAACCCCUGUUUAUAACCCCCACCACCAGCAAAGAUCACUGGGACCAGUUCCUCAAGGGCUUCCCAACCACAUUCUCUCCAGACAACUUCCCCCAAUGCAAUAUCAUCCAAAACCUCAACUAAGAUCUCUUGAGCCUGCAUUCCAAGAAAGACCAAUACCACCAAAAGUGAACAGGCUAUUUGAGCCACAACCAACUGUGCUGGGCAAGUUUUCCUUGACAAAGCAAAAUGAACACUACAAGAUCAAUAAUUUGCCCACUAGCAGCUCCCCAGCAGUUCCAGAGAAAACCACUAUGAUUUCGCAGCUGACAUUUCCUUUACCUGGAACUUUCCAGAAGCUCACACCAUCAUCUUGGCAAUCCAACCAUAAAUCCACUUAUCCACAACCCUUGAACAAUAAUGUGAACUAUAUGAGGCAACAGUAUGGGCAACCCCAGGAAAACACAGCACUUAAGCAGACUGAGCCACAUGAAUACCCCCAGUUUGGUCCAAGGCCAGUUCCUCCAUUGGAGUAUCUUGAUAAGGGAUCUCUGUAUGCAAGAUAUGCCAUGCCUGGAGAUCCAAGGUCUCCUCCUCCUCCUCCUCCUCCUGCUCCAGCAGCUGCUGUGAAACAUGAACAGCAAGGAAAGCCUGUUGAAAUGACUCAGUUGGUUGAGCACAGCAGAGUAAUACCAUCUGUUACUGGUGCUGAAAAAGUGCCUGAAGUGACUAUUCAACCACAAGCUCACCAACUGAUGACGGUGACUGCUGAACCUUCCCCAGUAGAAAAGAAAAGCCAUUCAGAGAAAACUAAGAUGAACUUCACAGCUGAUGUCAUAGAGCAAGCAUACAGUGUUUUCAUGGCACCAAUCACAACAGAGGAGUUUAUUCCAAGGACCAAAGGUGGUGAAGAAAAUGAUUGUUCACCAGAAGAUGAGGCUCAAGAUCAGCCAAUGGUUCAAUGGUUGCCAACUCCUCUGAGUUGUCCGAAUGGAAAAAGCCACCAGUUGGUACUUCUACUUGGAGAUGAAACUGAUGAUCAGAAACAAGACUUAAAAGUCAAGGUCAAGACACAUGGUGAAACCUGCUCUGUUAUGUGGCCUGUGGAUGUUGUGGUUGACAAACCAGGGCUCUUCUCCACAAUGAAACAGAGCUCAUUCAUAGUGCCAGUGACAGUUUCUGAUGUACCAUUGAGGAUUCUUGGUGGAGAUGAAACUAACAAGAAUAUUCAAGGAGGCAGAGAAUCUUCAGAGUACAACAUUGAACAAAUCACCCAUUCUACUGACCCAUGGCCCAGGAACAAUCCCAUCUACUAUAAUAUCCACAAUUACAACCAUAAUCUAGUGCCACAGCUGUAUCAAGAACCUGUUCUUGCUCCUGCUUUACCCAGAGACUCUACUGGUGGCACUUGGCUGAAAGUGCUUCAGCGCAAAGAAGAAAUUAGGAGACAGGAGCAUCCCCAUGCAGUGAUGAUGAAGCCAGUGGCUGAUGUUACUUUAGACAGCCAAGGUGCUGUUCAAUAUUCCCAACCAUUUGUCACUUUGAGCAAUUAUUCAGCUGAAAAACAAGCUCAACUUAGUGCUGCUCAUGCUGCUGAAGCUGAAACUGUGAUGAAGCUUCAGGAGCUGCAUCACAAGCAAGCUGAGAUUGCAAAGCUUGAGAGCUCUGUUGCUGAUGUGAAGCCUUGGGCUGUAGUGAGUGCUCCUGUUCCUGAGCACUUGAAGCCUGCUGCUGAGAAAGACAAUUCAACUGCUUCAACAUCCAGCAGGUCCAAGAAAUCUGGCAGGAGAUUCAUGAGUGCCAUUAGGUCAAAGCUGAAUAAGUUGGGACUGUCUUCAUCUAACAAAGGUAACCCACCUGCUUCUGAGCAGGAGCUCAACAAUAAAGCAGAAGCUGCUCCUGUGGCUCUGGGUCCUCCACUGCCCAAGGAAACCUCAUUUGUGCCUGCUGUAGCUUACCAACAGCAGCCAAUUUGCCAAGAACUUCAAAGACAGCCAUCUGAACUAGACUACCAGAGGUAUGAAGAGCUUGGUGAGGUGACCAGGAAUCAUUUGGCCCCUUUUGCUCAUAUGAGGCCAGAGACAUUUGACCAGUCACCAAUGUCUGAGCGUUUUUGCUAUUCUGAGCCAACUCAAAGCCUGAGACAAGUGGGGCAAAUGGCUGCUUAUCACAACAUGGUGCCACACCCAGUGCAACCAGCACAGAAUGUCAUCAUCCCAGCAUUUGACUCUUACUAUCCUGGACUGUCUCUUCAUCCCAACUGGGCUCAUGAAGAAGCUGAUUACUAUGAGUUGAGGCAGCCCAAUCAAGCAUUGCUGGGGUUUUCUGAUGAUCACCUGGGUCCCAGGCAUUUGCCAAAAUUGGGAAAGCAGCUGAUGAGGCCAACCCAGUUUGGCAGGCUGGUCAAUGUCAAUCCAUUUCAGAUUAACUUUGACCAAGCUUUGGCCACCUCUGGACAUCCACUGCUGCCAGGAUUCUUCACCAGUUGUGCCACUGACACCAUGGAAAGCUCUUGCAUGGGUUCCUUGAGAACAGGCACAUUGAGUUGUUGUGAUGAGACACUCCUGGACUGUGUCUGCUCUAGCAGUUUUGAAUCUUGCUCUCAGUGCACAUCAUGCAAUGCUAGUUCAUGUGAUUCUUGCUCCAUCUCAUCUGACUCAUCAAUUUCCAGAAUGACUGGAGGGGAAAUCAAGAAAAAGAGGAGGAAGGUAGCCAAGAAGUCAGUGGUCAUGGCUGUUGCUGCUCCACAAGAGCCUGUGCUAGGCACUGACCAAUUGAUUGCUCAAGUUAAUGCUAUGGCCCCUGAGAACCCCUUAGUUGAGGUGACUGCUCCAGCAGAGCCACAAGUUGUGCUGGGAGAAGCAGCAUUGCAGGAGACCAAGCCUGAUGACUCUGAGAGCAACAUUUCUCAUCUGCUGGAUGAGGCCAUCACCAAUGCCAUGGGGCGCAAAGAAGCUGGUCCUGUGGAGACUAGGAACAAAGCCUUUGAUGAGUUCCUCUAUGGCACCAGGAAAAGCGGCAACAGCAGCAGGCGCAGGAAGCGCAGCAACAGGACCACCAAGGCCCCACCUGCUGGUGAUGCUGAGGAACUGCCUAAAGAGGCGAGUAUCAGUGCUCUACCAACCAUAGUCCCCAUAGGCACAGGAUUUCCAGCCUCAUCCCUUGCUGCAGAACCCACACUAGUUGCCCCCAGGCCACCUCCAAAGGUCGUGGGAGGGAUUCAAAGGGCCUAUGACUUGGUGGAGACUGCCAUGGACAUCACAGGGCAGAGUCUCAUGCAAGGUGCUGCUACUGCCAUCUACCUCUCACGCCCUACACUCUUGCAAUCCCUGAGGGAUGACCCUGGAGACUUCAUUGGCUUGGAUGCAACUUUGCACUCACCUGCUGUUACAGCUCACAGUAAGGAUGCCCUGCUCACCAAGACAGCCAUGAUCCUGGCAGAGGCUCUGACUGGUUCUGCACAAGUCUCUGGUACCCCAGUCCCUGAGGAUGGGUCUGGGAACAGGAACUCAGACUUUGGCAGGACCAUUAUCUCUUCUGGUGUCAACAAGUUGCUCAAAAUCCUGCCUGAUGAACCAGGAAUGACUACAAACUCCCAGGAAGACAUUUUCAAGCAUCCACAUGUGGGACUGGGCACUGAAAAGGUCCUGGAGGACAUUCAAGAUCCUGAUGAAACCCCUUCUGAAGCAGUGGCUCAAGGUUUGGAAAUGGUGGAAACUGCAGAAGAGGUUCUUAGGAAGUAUUUACCUGCUGACAAAGUAGCUGGGACUUUAGCCACAUCAGGUGCUUCAGGAGUCAUCAGGGAAGCUGAAGAUGCAGUCAGGACAAAAGUCUCUGACCAGAUCAACACUGCAGCAGACAUAAUCUCCAGGGCUGCUGAGUUUAUAGCUGGGGAUGAAGGCAAGGAUGUGGUGGCUGAAGUCAAGGCCAGUGCUACCCGCUUGGCUGAGACCACAGUUAAGGAAGGUUUUACUGCUAUUGAAGAAGCUGCUGAUGAGGUUAUGAUCUCAGCUGGCAAUAGGACCAAGCAAAUUGCCAGUGACUUGACAGGGGCUGAUCCAUCAAAAGUUGAUGAGAUUGCCACAGAGAUCACCAAGUACAUCAAAACCACUCUUGCUGACAAUGCUGAAGAUGAGGAUGAGGAUGAGACCCAAGAAUUUUCCUUGAUGACUGAAUUUGCUGAACAGUUGGUGACAUACUUUGCCAAUGGAAAAAUUGACUCCAAUGCUAAGAAAAUACUGGAUAGUUCCAUUGCAGCAGCAAAGCAAUACAGUGCUGAGGAAUACCUGAAGAGCACCCUUAGUGUCUCAACUGAUAUCCUCAGUUACUUGACACAGAUUUAUAGGAUUGAAAGCAUGAAAAAUGUCAAUAGCCGAAGAUCAACUGGGGUCUUACUGAGAGAGGCCAUUAACCAUGCAGUGACUAAGCUCAUUAAUGACCCAGAGCGCCAGGCUCUAACAGAAGCCAGAGAAAGCCUUUUGUCUCUCAAUCAAGAACCCACUGAAUUUUUUGAGCAUGGCCAGCCUCUGCAAAUUGGGAAGACUGUGGGCCAAACAGAAGAAGCUUAUAAUAAAUUGGCAGCACCAAACAAGCAAGAAGAAGAGUUGAAGAUGAUCAGCAGUUUCAUUGCCAAUGCAGCCAAGUUAAUAAUGAGCCCAAUGACCAACACAGAAGCUGCCAGGAACCUACUAAGAAGAGCUCUGACCCACCUAAAGCACCAAGAAGGUGUAGCUGAUCUUCAGCACAGUGUCAGGAGGCUUUUGCAAAGCCUGGAGUUGGAAAAACCUUUGCCAGAGUCUUCUGAAAUUCCCCUGGGUGCAGAUAAAGAACUUAUGCAGGCUUUGAAGGCAACUGUGGACCCUGAAACUGUUUCUAUGCUUGGACAAACUGCUGGAAACAUUGCUGAGAGAGGUUUGGAGACUGUUGGCAAGUACCUUUCAGAGCCAGUGAGAAGACAGGCUGAAGAAACACUCAGGGUCACCACAAAUGCUUUAACCAACCUGGCACUCAAGCAUGCAACUGAAACAAGCCAGGACAUGAUCAUUGAUGCAAACAUGAUUGCUGAAAAUGUCCAGGAGAAGCUUGAACCUGUUGAUAAUGUGGCACCCCCUGAUGCUGCUUCUGUGAUCUCAACCAAUAAUGCACCUAUUCACAUAGCUGAGACCAUGGCUGACCAGACAGACCCUGUCAUCCCAACCUCUGAUGAAGAGGAGACAGCAGUGGAAGCAGUUGCAGAAAAGGUUUCCAACACACAGCUAUCCAUACCAAAGAGGAUGGACAAACCAAAGAAAAAGCUCAGCAGGAGCUCUUCCAGAGGGUCUCAGAGGCACUCAAGGUCCAGGAGCAAUAAUAGGCUCUCUUCUAAAACUAAGCUUGCUUUUCCUCCCAUUUUGGAUCGCUAUGAUCAAAUCAUUGAGUCAACAAGACCUCAAGAACCACCUUUCAACCCCUGCAAGGGUGAUCAGCAAACCUUCAUGGCUGAGUUGCAGAAAGGGCUGUCUGAAAUGGUUCCAUUUGUACCUGAUCCCAAGCUUACUGAUACAUCUGGAUGCAAUCCUGAGCAGCUGGAUGAACCAGUUUUCCCAUUGAACCUUUUGACUCCCAGCUCAGCUCCAAAGCCAGAAAGUCUGAGCAGAGGUGCAAGGCCAUCUAGGAGGAAGUCCAAGAAGCAAAGAAACAGCACCUACAAGAAGAAAUGACAAAUUCAAUUUGCUGAUGAACCUGAAAGUUUUCACAUUUUUCCCUGCUUUGUGAUUUUAAUAAACUCAAAUGUUGCUUCCUCUGAAAGGAA